UACGCACGUUGCGUAGCUCAGCCGCACACACACACACACACACAGACAGACAUCAUGGCGGACGUAUUGGACCUUCACGAAGCGGGAGGAGAAGAUUUUCCUAUGGAUGAGGAUGAAAGCAUCCACAAGUUAAAGGAAAAGGCCAAGAAGAGAAAAGGACGAGGCUUUGGCUCAGAGGAAGGAGCCAGAUCCAGAAUCAAAGAGGACUAUGAUACUGUGGAGCAGGAUGGCGACGAGCCAGGCCCUCAGAGAUCUGUGGAGGGUUGGAUCCUGUUUGUGACAGGUGUACAUGAAGAGGCCACAGAGGAAGACAUCCAUGACAAGUUCUCAGAGUUUGGAGAAAUCAAGAACCUGCAUCUCAACCUUGACCGCAGAACAGGCUACCUCAAGGGAUAUGCACUGGUGGAGUAUGAGACGUACAAAGAGGCCCAGGCAGCCAUGGAAGGGCUCAACGGUCAGGACAUGAUGGGCCAGCCUAUCAGUGUUGACUGGGGAUUUGUCAGAGGGCCGCCCAAGAACAAGAGAAGGACUGGCGGGCGAAGACGCAGCAGAAGUCCAGACAGGAGGCGGCGUUGAGUUUGGCAGUUGUCAUUGGCUAGAGGAGCUGUCACUCUGACAGUUUAUAAUCCACUCGUUCUGUCAUAAGAAACUAAUUUCAGAGUUUUUUGUACAAUAUUUUGGAGUAACAGUUGUUGUGGAAUUUAGUUGUGCAACUACAAACAUUUUGAGAUAUGGAGUUGCUCUUCUUAAAAGAAUAACAAAAGAAUAAAUUCACUUAACAGCAGCAUCUCCAGUUUUUUGUAAAUUGCUUAUGCUGCGUUAAAUUGCAACAGAAAGAUAUCAAUUCGACUCUGUGCGAAACUAGUUUUGUUUUACUUUCAACACCAACUACAUGUUUCCGGUUUUCACCAUUCCCUCAAAAUGAUGUUUCAGUUUGCUCAGUGUUGCGUGCAUUUUAUUGUGCUGGAGUGUUUUUGUUUUAUAUGACUUGGGGAAAAAAAAAUUAAACUUUUUAAAAGCUAAA